AUGUCUAGCCAACCGAAGAUGGCGUCGGAGAUCGGGGCCGCCGAACAGUACGAGAUGGACCAGCUGGCCGAGGCGGAGAUUUCCCGGCUCCAGAAGCUGCUCCGCACGCUGCUCAACGAGCGGUCCAUCUUUCUCGAGGGGAAAUCGAAAGCGUUGCGCAAGUUCGAGCAAAACCUCCGGGUGCUGGAGAAGGAAAAGCAACAGCUCCAGCUGCAGCUCAACUGCGAGGAGAACGGAACCCACUCGAAGCGCGAACUGGAACUGGAGUCGGUGCUGGAGCAGGCGUACGAGCGGCAGGAUGCAGCGCAGCAUACGCUGAAGACGAAGAAGGACAGCCUGUGGGAGCUGGAGGGACACAUCAAAAAGAUACAUCGCGAGAUCGCCGAGAUACGUAACAACGAGGUGACGGACAACCUGUACAACGAGACGAUAGCCAAGGCCCAGCAGUCGGUCAAGAAGCUCGAGAAUCGGCUCGAUGUGGUGAACAAGCGGUCCGGCUCGGUGAGCGCUGAGAACGCCCAGCUACGCCAGACAAUCGAUCACAUGCUGACGGAGCGGGCGACAUUCAACAUCAUGUGGGAGAAGCUGGUCAAUCGGCUGAACGAAGGCAAACGGUUCAUGAUUGAUCUGAUCGAACAGGCCACGUCGGCGUACGACACGCGCGAGGAACUGUGCACCAAGUUGCAGAUCCUGAAGGACAAGGGCCAGAGCGAUAAGCUGGCACACAUCCAAGAGAUGCGCGAACUUCAGCGGAAACUGGACCAUGACGCGAAACUGCAGGAGUUCCUCGGCAUAAAGGGGCAGCGGCGGGCCAAUGCCGAGCUGGAGGAGCGCGAAGCGCAGAAGCGCAAGAAGAUGCUGGAACACCUUGAGAAGCAGUACCAGGAGUACGAGCAAAUCAUGACGCGCAUCAUGAACUUCUCCGGCGAAGACGACAUCGAUCGGCUGGUGGCCAAGUUUAUCAAAAAGGAAGAGGAAAACUUUGCCCUCUUUAACUACGUCAACGAGCUGAGCCACGAGGUGGAAACGCUCACCGAAAGUGUUCAACAGUUGCAGGACAACAUUACUGAACAAAUAGCGAUCAAUGAGUCGAAAGAACAUUCCCAGGACGAUAACAUUGACGCGCUGCGACUGGCCGAGCAGCAGUGCAAGGAGUCGGCUGACGCGGCACUGGAGAUCAAACAAAAGUGGGACAUUAAGUUGGACGAACUGUUGCGAAUGGCGGAAAGAAUAUACAAACUGCUGAUGUGUGACGAAGCCCCAAUACUGAACCUGCUGAACAACGAGCGCCGUGUAACGCUGAACAAUGCCAAGCUGUUCCUUGGCAUCAUCGAGCGGCGAGUGCUGGGCAUCAUCAGCAACGUCACUUACAUCGAGCCGACAACCAAGAUCCUCGGUAAGAAGGAUCGCGUACCCAACUUUAACGUGAAGGAGUCGGCCAAAGUCCGAAUGGAGAGGAACUAG